CUCCCCCCCUCCCACCAUUUCCACUUGCAUAACAGCCGAACGUCUUCAUCAUCACCUGACCAAAAUUAACCAAUGAAAACGCAGCAAUUCAUUCUCUGCCGAAUGCGUAUUCGUAUUCCUGGAUAUCUCUUCAACGAUCCACUUCUGUUUCUUCCACCGUUUUAAGCCGAUUCCAUCCAUCUUCUCAUCUUACAUCCUUCACAGACUGCACUGAUCCUCCUCCUCCCUCAACCAAAUUACCAAUCCCGCCCUUCCACCCGUGACUCCGUCCAAAGAAGCUACAACAGUUCUUAAACAACAAUUAUAAGAAUAUUGGAUGAGAUUGGCAUUGAUUAACUCUUCAUCAGAUGCAUCGUCAAUAUUUAUCAUCUUUUAAAAGACUAAAAGAAAAUGUGGCACAGAACAGAUUUGAAUAAUUCCGAAGAAUUACGUUGAAAUAAGUUGAAUAACAUCAAUUCUUUUCUUCGUUGUCUGGAAUGUCUGCAAACUUGUUUUCCUUUUUAAUUAAACUUGGAUGAUUUUGCAAAGAAUUUCACAGUAUCUUCAAAUAUCGACAAAGAUUAUGGUUGCUGGAAAUAUCGCAGUAGAAAUAUUUGUCAGGAAUAUACAGUAAAAGGAAAAUAAGGAAGAAAAUAUCCUCUUUGGAUUAUAUGAGAAACUUAAUUGAUUUUUAUCCUGAAGAGAUGCCAAAAGUGAUUGGAAAGUCAUCAUAUGGCGAUGUCCGUGGUAAGUCGUUCUCUGGAAGUAGUGACUUAACAAAACACAAACACAUUCCUACAGGAGAGAAGUCCCAUCACUGUGAUAUCUGUGGCAAAUCAUUCACUGAAAAUGGUGAUUUAACUAAACACAAACGUAUUCAUACAGGAGAGAAGCCAUUUCACUGCGAUGUGUGUGGUGUGUCUUUCUCUCAAAAAGGUAACCUCACCACUCAUAAACGGAUUCAUACAGGGGAAAGACCCUAUUGCUGUGACAUCUGUAGUAAAUCCUUCUCUCAGAGUGGUGAAUUGACUAUUCACAACCGCAUUCAUACAGGAGAAAAACCAUAUCGUUGUGACAUCUGUGGUAAAUCAUUCUCUCGUAAAGGUAACCUAACCACUCAUAAGCGUAUUCAUACAGGAGAGAAACCAUAUCACUGUGAUAUCUGUGGUAAGUCCUGCUCGGGCAGUAGCAACCUAACUACUCACAAACGCAUUCAUACAGGGGAGAAACCAUACCACUGCGAUGUCUGCGAUAAGUCGUUCUCUCAAAGUGGUGAAUUAACUAAGCACAAACGCAUUCAUACAGGAGAGAAGCCAUUUCAUUGUGAUAUCUGUGGUAAAUCAUUCUAUGGAAGUAGUGAAUUAACUAUACAUAAAUAUUUUCAUGCAGAAGAGAAAAUAUACCAGUGUGAUAUCUGUGGUAAAUCAUUCUCGAGGGGCAGCGAUUUAACAAGACACAUACGAAUUCAUACAGGGGAGAGGCCAUACGAAUGUAAUAUCUGUGGUAAAUCAUUCUCUGAAAAUAGUGUCUUGACUAAACACAAACGUAUUCAUACGGGAGAGAAUCCAUACCAUUGCGAUAUCUGUGGUAAACCGUUCUCACAAAGUGGUGAAUUAACUCGACACAUCCGCGUUCAUACAGGAGAGAAACCAUACAACUGUGAUGUCUGUGGUUCAUCUUUUUCUCAGAGUGGGGAACUGACAACACACAAACGUGUUCAUACAGGGGAGAAGCCAUAUCACUGUGAUGUCUGUGGUAAAUCAUUCUCUCAAAAAAGUCACUUAACUACGCAUGUAUCUCUUCAUGCAGAAAUGUAACUGUAUCAAUAUUGAAAUAUAAAACAUCAUCAUCAUCAUCAUCAUUUAACAUUCGUUGUUCAUGCUGGCA